UCAUUUUCAAGUUUAUACUCAUUUUUUUGAGAUAUUUACAAGUACAUACUCAAAGUCACGAAAAACUUAUAAAGUACCCCUCCAUUACCUAAACUGUUAAUGACUUUGUUAAAUACUAAUGUGACAGUUGUAGGACUCAUUUUUUAAUGACACGGAAUCCACAUAGACAAAACAAAUAAUGUAGGCAAUUAAAUAAUUGUUUAAAAGUAGAGAGCGGGGUUGGGCCUCGGUUGGAUUGGGCUUCUGAAAUAAGAUUCAUUAGGCUCCGUCAAUCACCCUCUCGCAUACUCAUUGGUCGGCAGCAGGUAUAUCUAUACACUACAUAUAUUCUUAGACAAAGGCCUCCACUCCGUAAAGCGACCUGAAAAACAGGAAAAGCGCCCACACCUUGUUUCAAGAAUUUGUUUUCAGUGCGGCAUUUAAGCAAACACACAGCGAGCGAACCACACCGGCAGUCUCAACUUCUCAACAUGCAAAGCAUUAGAAAUUCCAUCUUGUGGCAUGUGAGGGUAGGGAGUUCAGCCGAAAAAUGGUUGCUCACUGAAAGAGGAAUUGUGCUGAAAUCUCUGAGCCGCCACAUGUGUGCCGCAACAGGUACUACCAGCACUGAUCAGAUAAUGGACCGAGUGAUUGGACUCGUGAAGAAAUUUGAUAAAAUUGAUGCAUCUAAGGUUACUGAAACAGCUGACUUCCAGAAGGACUUAAGCCUGGAUAGUUUGGACAGGGUGGAGCUUGUUAUGGCCUUUGAGGAAGAAUUCUCCAUUGAAAUCCCUGAAGAGAAAGCAGAUAAGCUGACCUGCUGCGCUGAUGUUGCAAGAUACAUAGUUUCUGGAGCUGAGCAGAAGAGUGUUUAAGUCCUGCGUAAUUCCCGUAAGAUGAUUUCUGAAGACAAAUUGUGUUUUAGAAUUUUUCACUCAUGUUAUGAAUUAAUUAAUUAGUCAUUCUAUAAAAUAUAAAAUGUUGGUGACCUUGAGACUGAUUGAGAGCACCUCUCAUUUUGCAAAACUUACAGUCAUGAUGUUCAUCUCUUGAAGUUGGCGUAUAUAACAAAAUAUGAUUUCUUUUUUCA